CGGAGAGGACCAGGCUCCGGGGUCACAAUGAAUAAUCCUAUACCUUCCAAUUUGAAAUCGGAAGCAAAAAAGGCUGCUAAAAUUCUAAGAGAAUUCACGGAAAUAACUUCCAGAAAUGGACCUGAUAAGAUCAUUCCUGCCCAUGUAAUUGCUAAAGCCAAGGGCCUUGCGAUUUUGUCUGUGAUAAAAGCUGGAUUUCUGGUAACUGCUAGAGGAGGCAGUGGGGUCGUGUUGGCACGUCUUCCAGACGGAAAAUGGUCUGCACCCUCAGCCAUUGGGAUAGCUGGGCUUGGUGGAGGAUUUGAAAUAGGAAUUGAGGUAUCAGAUUUGGUAAUAAUUUUGAAUUAUGACAGAGCAGUAGAAGCUUUUGCAAAAGGUGGUAACCUGACACUUGGAGGGAACUUUACUGUGGCAGUUGGGCCUCUGGGAAGGAAUUUAGAAGGAAAUGUUGCCCUGAGAAGCCCCACUGCUGUCUUUACAUACUGCAAAUCCAGAGGACUCUUUGCUGGCAUAUCGUUAGAAGGCAGCUGUUUGAUUGAAAGGAAAGAAACUAAUCGAAAAUUUUAUUGUCAAGACAUCCGAGCUUAUGACAUUUUAUUUGGAGAAAUAACACGACCUGCUCAAGCAGAAGAACUUUAUGAAAUUCUUGAUUCCUUUACUGAAAAGUAUGAAAAUGAAGGUCAACGAAUCAAUGCAAGAAAAGCAGCAAGGGAACAGAGGAAGCCUACUGCUAAAGAAUUACCUCCGAAACCAUCGUCAAGACCACAGCAGUCAUCUGCCCAAGUCUUGCUGAACUCUGGCUCCCAAAAUAACAGAAGCAAAUAUAAGCUCUACCCUGAACUUUCCAGCUAUCAGGAGAGAGUUGGCAAGUUGAACCUGCCCAUAGAAGUGACUGCAUUAUAUUCUUUUGAAGGUCAGCAGCCAGGGGAUUUGAAUUUUCACGCUGGAGACAGAAUCACAGUUAUAUCACAAACAGAUUCACAUUUCGAUUGGUGGGAAGGGAAACUUCGAGGUCAAACUGGCAUUUUUCCAGCCAACUAUGUUACCUUGAAUUAA